GAGCCGUACGCACGCGUUCCGCUCUCUCAUAUUUAUAUUUGCGUUGCUAAUUUUUCAUUAAUUCUCUAUAAUCAUGUCCGGUCGCGGUAAAGGAGGCAAAGUCAAGGGGAAGGCAAAGUCGCGUUCGAACCGUGCCGGUCUACAGUUUCCGGUCGGACGUAUACACAGACUCCUCAGGAAGGGUAACUACGCAGAGCGCGUCGGUGCCGGUGCACCCGUGUAUCUCGCGGCCGUCAUGGAAUACCUAGCCGCUGAAGUACUCGAGUUGGCCGGCAACGCCGCCCGCGACAACAAGAAGACCAGGAUCAUACCGAGACAUCUACAGUUGGCGAUCCGUAACGACGAGGAGCUGAACAAGUUGCUCUCGGGCGUGACUAUCGCACAAGGUGGCGUCCUACCUAACAUCCAAGCCGUACUUCUGCCCAAGAAGACCGAGAAGAAGGCUUAAAC